AUGGCUGAGAGGUGUGGCCGCCUCGAAAUCGGCGGGCGUGGUGGGUCGUUGGGGUUCCACGUCGUUCACUUCGUUGCGCACCAAUGGCGAGUCUGGCGGGGGCGGGGGCCUCCACGCCCCCAACCGAGCCCCGCCCGCCGCCGCCGCCAAGAAGUUCUUCAAAUCCCGCGCCGGUCACGACACGACCGAAAUCACACUCCCACAGAGCUCUUUGAGUCGGUGGCCCCGCCCGCUGCGACGCCCGCCGGUCAGCCCGCCAGUCGACCGGCUAAGCGAGCGGCCGGCGGUGCGCAGGUCAGCGCCACACCGGUCACCAGCCUCAAAUCCGGGCGCAUCAAUAAAUUCUUCACCUCUCGCGCGCCCAAAGAACCACGCGUCGAGACAUGGCUCAACCCAUCGGAUGAAGCGCCAGCGCUCCCCCAGCGUCCUGCCAUCGUCACCAAGGUCCCGCCUUUGAAAUUGCGCAUAAAGCCCGUCUUACCCCCGCCCGAGCCACAACAGCCCAUCGUGCCCGUCGCACGCCCCGUCCUGCCCGACAGUCCGGUUGAGGUGCCGGAUUCCCCCGAUUCCCCCGAUUCACCAGAGGUCGAACUCAAGCUGGAGUCGGAAUCGCCUCCAGUUUCGCCGCCCGCUCCACUUUCGGUCCCUUCGCCCGUCACUACGCCCGAACCCGUCGUUAGUCGCACUGUCAGUCCAGCGCCACCCGCACCCGUGGUGGCAACUGCACCCGUGGUGGCAACCGCACCCGUGGUGGCAACCACACCCGCCGCUAGUCUGGGCCGUGAUUGGUCGGAUGAUGAUGCCUCGGAGCCCACGCCCAGUCCCCCGUGCGCUGCGACCCCGCCUCCGCCGGCGUCACCCCCUCGACCCGCAUCCCCCCUGCCCAUAGUCGCGCCCGUCCCCUUGACCAAAGCCCACGCGGUAGCCACUUGUGAAGCCGUGCCCCGUCCACCCUCGCCACCCUCUACGUCCCCGCCUCGACCUCCGGCUGACCGGCCCCGGCCCGUGAAAAAGUCCAUCUUCAAGACCAAAGGCCGCGAUCAGACCACCAAAAAGAGUCUGUACAAGCACAAUUGGAACGCGCAUUCUGAACGACCGCCGGACGAUUUUCAACGCGAAGUACUCACCCGGGCUGUUUUCGGAUUCCCCGCCCCCACCAUUGGUGUUCCCGGGAGUGCAGGCGCGACUGGCAAGAGCAGCCUGGACUUUGAAGACGAAUCCUCGGCGGCACCAGCGACCUCGGCGGAUGUGUCCUUCUCGGCCUCAAAGCUGGUACGCGUGGCGUCCAUGCCGGCUGUGGGUAGCCGUGCCCAUCCUCUGGACGAGACCGGAGUUGAAGUUAUGAGCGUGAAAUGUCCCAAGGAGCAAAAGGAGUAUUACACUGUGAUCAAGAAUGUGAAGCGCGCCCACCAGAUCCAGGACUCUGGCGAGUUCCAGGAGUUCAACGACGACGUCGACUACAUCCUAGAGGGCUUGGGUAGCCGCAAUAACCUCUCCACCCGAUGCCUUUCCACUAUCACUCUGGCCUCCAAGUGCAUGGAGCCCUCCUUUCGCAUGCAUCUCAGAGCCCACGGCACAGUGACCAAGUUCUUUGGUGAGCUGAAGGACGCUCCGGAGAACUCGAGUCUGGCUUUGUGCGCCGCCACUGUCCUCUUCGUUUUGAGUCAGGAUCGACUCAACAUGGAUCUAGAUCGAGACUCUCUCGAGCUCAUGUUGAAUCUCCUUGACACAGAGUCCAGGAUCCGGGAUGCACUCGAGGGCUCUGGCAUGAACCAGCGCGAGCUCACCAAGAACAAGCAGAAGGUCAAGGAUCUCGUGGGGGCCAUGAAGGCCCGAGGCCACGCUGCCAAUCUGUCCCUGGAUCACAUCACCUCCGACCAUCUGGCCAUGGAGACGCUGCUGUCGCUCACGUCCAAACGGGCAGGUGAGUGGUUCAAGGAGGAGCUCCGGGAAUUGGGAGGGCUCGACCAUCUGGUCCACACCCUGUCUGAUUGUGUCACCUACCUCACUGCCGACGAGAUCUCCAUGUGGACAGAGCCUCUCCACGACAAGCUCAAGAAGGCUGGACGUGUUCUCAAAGUAUUAGAAAAUGUGACCCAUGAGAAUGAGGAAAACUGCUCGUACCUGCUCAAAUAUGAGGACUCCAAGUUCAUCAACCUCAUUCACAGCAUGUUCCGCAUCCUGGAUGAGGAGGUGCCGCUUAAUCCAUCCACAGACAUCAAUGACAAAGAUUCAGUCGCCUUCUCUCUGAGAGAGGUCCUCUUUGAUGUCAUGCGAGUCUACAUCAACCUUGUUCACGACUAUCACCAGCAAUGUGUGGGCUCAGAGAUUGCCGGCCUUAAGAAGGACAUGUUCGACAUGACCCUUCAUUGCUUGUUUUCCUUGCCAAAGAGUAUGCCUUUUGAAAAGCGCUUCGACGUCCUCGUCUUGGCGCUCACUCUCCUCAUCAACUUGGUGGAGAACUCCAAGCAAAAUCGUGACCUCUUGAUGAAGAGCCGCGUUCCCAACAGCUCUGACACGUUCUUAGCCGAAUCAGAGCGAGAGCUCGCACCUCAGGGAUUGAUCCGACUCUUCCUGGAGAAGGAGGAAUCGGCCAAAACCGAAGAGGCCAAGACUGAUAACAUACUGGACGGUGUGAAGGAAGAGGACGAAGAGAAUGAGGAGGAGGAGGCCGAACGGAAGAAAACACAAGAAGAGAGGAUUGACGAGACUGUAGCCAAAUUGCUUCACAAAGCGGGUAGACACAUGGAAGACACCCUAAUAGGCUCAUACAUCACUCUCAUCAUUGGCUACCUCAUCGUUGACGACAAGGAUCAUGAGGAAACGGUCCGGGGAUUCUUACCCGAUGGACACUUUGUCAUUAUGGUCACCGUUUUAAAGAAAUUUUUCAACUUUAUGAAUUUGACCGCAUCCGCCUCGGUGACGAGUUCCCGAGGGAUCAAGGCCACUGAGGCAAUCAUCAAGCAUCUGGAGAGGAUCGACAAGCCCAAGCCCGACCCGGACGAUCCCGGCAAUCCUCAUCUCAAUCAUAAUCGGUCGGGUUUCAUCGAAGAUGAGGAAGAGAACUUUGACGACCUCACCCUUUUCGAUGUGUCCAAAGAUGACACCUUGCUGAACACCUCCGGCCAAGAGGACAACGAAGACGGAGCUGAGGAUGUAGAUGACAGGGUUGGAGACGAAUCCAAUGACACGUUCUCUUUCGGAAAGCUCUGAUCAUGAUAAUGAUUGAUUUGAUUGAUUCUCAUCGUUCAUGGUCCCAUGGCUCCAUGGACCAUUUGAAGCUCACUUCUAAGAAGACGCAAGAGCCAAGAAUGCAUUUAAAAAGGGUAGAUGCGUUAUUUAAAUUUUACGGAGUGCGUAAAAUCCUCCUCAAGUAAAUCCGCGACUUUAGCUAAGAAGAACUUUUCAUGGCGGAGAUUGCCCUCUGCAACCCAAUUUACGAACCACUUGGACGAAAAAUAUAUAUUUAAAAUUGUCACUUUUUCUAGAAACACACAACACAAGCUAAUAAACAUUCUCAGAGUGAA